GUCAGCGGCAGCAUCAUGCAGGCCAACGGGGCAGGAGGAGGAGGAGGAGGAGGAGGCGGCGGCGGCGGCGGAGGAGGUGGCGGCGGUGGUGGGGGCCAGGGACAGACCCAGGAGCUCGCCUGCCUCUCGGCCCAGAACGGGGAGUCGUCCCCCUCGUCGACUUCGUCCGGGGGGGAUCUGGCCCACGCCAAUGGGCUCCUGCCCUCUGCCCCCUCCGCCGCCAGCAACAAUAGCAACAGCCUGAAUGUCAAUAACGGGGUCCCCGGCGGGGCGGCCUCCGCCUCGUCCGCUGUCGCCGCGGCCACCUCGGCCACCACGGCUGCGUCUUCCUCGGCUGUGGCCGCCUCGGAGCUGGGCAGUAGCCUGAAAAAGAAGAAGAGACUCUCCCAGUCAGAUGAGGAUGUGAUUAGGUUAAUAGGACAGCACUUGCAUGGCUUAGGGCUCAACCAGACAGUUGAUCUCCUCAUGCAAGAGUCAGGAUGUCGUUUAGAACAUCCUUCUGCUACCAAAUUCCGAAAUCAUGUCAUGGAAGGAGACUGGGAUAAGGCAGAAAACGACCUGAAUGAACUUAAGUCUUUAGUGCAUUCUCCUCAUGCUAUUGUGAGGAUGAAGUUUUUGCUGCUGCAGCAGAAGUACCUGGAAUACCUGGAGGAUGGCAAGGUCCUGGAGGCUCUUCAAGUUCUACGCUGCGAAUUGACGCCCUUGAAAUACAAUACAGAACGAAUUCAUGUCCUCAGUGGGUAUCUGAUGUGUAGCCAUGCAGAAGACUUACGUGCAAAAGCAGAAUGGGAAGGCAAAGGAACAGCUUCUCGAUCUAAACUUUUGGAUAAACUCCAGACUUAUUUGCCACCAUCAGUGAUGCUUCCCCCAAGGCGUUUACAGACUUUGCUACGUCAAGCUGUGGAGCUACAGAGGGAUCGGUGCCUAUAUCACAAUACCAAACUUGAUAAUAAUCUAGAUUCUGUGUCGCUGCUUAUAGAUCAUGUUUGUAGUAGGAAACAGUUCCCAUGUUAUACACAACAGAUACUUACAGAACACUGUAAUGAAGUGUGGUUCUGUAAGUUCUCUAACGAUGGCACUAAACUAGCAACAGGAUCAAAGGAUACAACUGUUAUUAUAUGGCAAGUUGAUCCGGAUACACACCAGCUAAAAUUGCUUAAAACAUUAGAAGGGCAUGCUUAUGGUGUUUCUUAUAUUGCUUGGAGUCCAGAUGACAACUAUCUUGUAGCUUGUGGCCCAGAUGACUGCUCUGAGCUCUGGCUCUGGAAUGUACAAACAGGGGAGCUGAGGACGAAGAUGAGCCAGUCUCAUGAAGACAGUUUAACAAGUGUGGCUUGGAAUCCAGAUGGGAAACGCUUUGUAACUGGAGGGCAGCGUGGACAGUUCUACCAGUGUGAUUUAGAUGGUAAUCUCCUUGACUCCUGGGAAGGGGUAAGAGUGCAAUGCCUUUGGUGCUUAAGUGAUGGGAAGACUGUUUUGGCAUCAGACACACACCAGCGAAUUCGGGGAUACAACUUUGAGGACCUUACAGAUAGAAACAUAGUACAAGAAGAUCACCCUAUUAUGUCUUUUACUAUUUCAAAAAAUGGCCGAUUAGCUUUGUUAAAUGUAGCAACUCAGGGAGUUCAUUUAUGGGACUUACAAGACAGAGUUUUAGUGAGAAAGUAUCAAGGUGUUACACAAGGAUUUUACACAAUUCACUCAUGUUUUGGAGGCCAUAAUGAAGACUUCAUCGCUAGUGGCAGUGAAGAUCAUAAAGUAUACAUCUGGCACAAACGUAGUGAACUGCCAAUUGCAGAGCUAACAGGACACACACGCACAGUUAACUGUGUGAGCUGGAACCCACAGAUUCCAUCCAUGAUGGCCAGUGCUUCAGAUGAUGGCACUGUUAGAAUAUGGGGACCAGCACCUUUUGUAGACAACCAGGAUAUUGAAGAGGAAUGCAGUAGCAUGGAUAGUUGAUGGCGAAUUCGGAGCAGACGACUUCUGUUUAACUUAAAAUUAGUCGUAUUUUAAAUGGCUUGGGAUUUGGUGCAAACAAACAUGAUUGAUAGCUGGACAGACAUGCUCGUCAUGAAAAAUAAAAGAACCAUUUCUGAAGCCCGAUCGGGGCCAAACAUUUACCACCUUGCUUCAUAGUAACCAGUUGAGAUGAAGCACGUCGUUAGAACGUUGUUGGACACCGUGUUGAAUUACCCCCCCAUCGGUUGUGAAGAACUGUGCUACAUUCAGGCUACCCAUUGAACUCAGUAUAUAUAUUUUUUUCCUUCCUGCCUUUUUGUCUGGCGGGCUACCAUUCUUGUUGCUCUUCUGUGUAAUGAAGUUUAAAUGCUUGUUUGGAAAACUUUAUUUAACAGUUUAGAAGGCUUGAUAGAAAGAGUGCUUUAGUCUGAAGAGUAUACGUUGGAUAGGAAAGUUAUUUCCUUCUCUUGUUUCUCUAAAUCUCUCCGCCUUAUUUAGCUUGAGAUCUUUGCAGCUUGGUUCAUGGAUUCUAGCCUUGCCCGUUGCGCAGUAUAUACUGAUCCAGAUGAUAAACCAGUGAACUAUGUCAAAAGCACUCUCAAUAUCACAUUUGACAAAAAGUUUUGUACUUUUCACAUAGCUCGUUGCCCCGUAAAGGGUUAACAGCACAAUUUUUUUUAAAUAAAUUAAGAAGUAUUUAUAGGA